GCUCUGAACCAGGGGGUGAGUACGGUGUAGCUGCUCGGACGUUAACUUGUGCUGCAGCAUUCAUUUCAUUGCCGGGCUGUUGGUGGGGGCACUGGCACUCACAAUCAGGAAGAUACAGUGAGCAACAAACAAUCUGUAGGAGGAACUCUGCGGGUUGAGCAGCAUCUGUGGAAGGAAGGGAAUUGUCGACGUUUCGGGUUGAAACCCUGCAUGAGGACUGGGCAGAAGUUGUUCUUGACUCUGAAACAAUUUCAAAAAAAAUUAAUGGACAUCAAUAAGUUGCGAUGGGAUUUGACAGCAGAUCAAGUCAAGACUCGGACAGACGCUCUCAUUCAUAGAACCCUGCAAGUGUAUGACAGUGUUGGAACAUUAGAAAUCGGAGAAGUCACAUAUGAAAACACAUUAAAGGUCUUAGCAGACGUGGAGAGUGAAUAUGUUGUGGAACAAAGAAAUUUGACUUUUCUAAGGCAUGUCUCUCAACACAAAGAUGUGCGUGCUGCCAGCACUGAGGCAGAUAAGAAGCUUUCAGAGUUUGAUGUGGACUUGUCCAUGAGAGGUGAUGUGUUUCAACGGAUUGUGGCUCUCCAGGAUAAAAUCAGCCCUGAGGCCUUGAAACCAGAGGCUAAGCGAUAUAUGGAGAGACUGCUGAAACUAGGACAAAGAAAUGGAUUGCACUUGCCAAAUGAAAUCCAAUCAGUACUCAAAGAUAUCAAAAAGCAAAUCAGUGAACUCUGUAUUGAAUUCAACAAAAAUCUCAAUGAGGACACUACCAUUCUUCUGUUCACCAGGGAUGAGCUGGGUGGCCUCCCUGAGGACUUCGUUGGUGAUCUGGAGAAGACAGAUGAUAACAAAUACAAGUUAACAUUGAAGUACCCCCAUUACCUGCCAACAGUGAAAGAAUGUUAUAUUCCAGAAACCAGAAAAAAAAUGGAAGCAGCUUUUCAUUCCAGAUGUAAAGAGGCAAACACAAGAAUUCUUGAAAAGCUAAUCCCACUUCGAGCAAAAGCAGCAGAACUACUGGGCUUUAGCUCACAUGCUGACUUUGUACUUGAGAUGAACAUGGCCAAAAAAGGGGAAAAUGUUGUAAAAUUUUUAGAUCAAUUAUACCGGAAAUUGAAACCUUUAGGUGAAGAGGAAAGAAGUUUCAUUUUAGAUUUAAAGAAGAAAGAAUGUGCAGAGCGAGGAUUCACGUACGAUAACACAAUAAAUGCAUGGGAUAUGCAUUAUUAUAUGACACAGAUUGAGAAAAUCAAAUAUUCUGUUAAUCACAAUUACUUGAAGGAGUUCUUCCCUAUGGAAGUGGUGACCACAACAUUAAUGAAUAUCUAUCAGGAGUUGCUGGGACUGUCUUUCAACCAGUUGAAGUGCACUCAUACCUGGCAUGAUGAUGUAACUGUGUACUCUGUCCAGGAUAGUGCGACAGGGAAUGUCCUGGGGCAGUUUUACCUCGACCUCUAUCCAAGGGAUGGGAAGUAUGGACAUGCGGCUUGUAUUGAUCUCCAGCCCGGAUGUCUACUGUCUGAUGGAACCAGACAGAUGGCAGUUUCAGCAAUGGUAGCAAAUUUUACCAAACCAACCAAUGAUGCUCCCUCACUCCUCCGACAUGAGGAAGUUGAGACCUACUUCCAUGAAUUUGGUCAUGUAAUGCAUCAGAUCUGUGCCCAGGCUGAUUUUGCCAUGUUCAGUGGAAGUAAUGUGGAGACAGAUUUUGUGGAGGCUCCUUCCCAGAUGUUGGAAAACUGGGUUUGGGAAAAGGAACCACUGAAGAGAAUGUCACACCAUUAUAAAAAUGGGAGUUCUAUUCCAGAUGAUUUACUUGAAAAACUUAUUCAAUCGAGACUAGCCAAUACUGGUCUUAUAAACUUGCGUCAGAUUGUUUUAAGUAAGCUUGACCAGUCAUUCCAUACAAAGUCAUCUGCUAACACGGCUGAAGAGUAUGCCCAACUAUGUGAAGACAUUCUCGGAAUACCUGCAUCACCAGGAUCAAAUAUGCCUGCAAUUUUUGAGCAUCUGACCGAUGGCUAUGAUGGUCAAUACUAUGGAUACCUCUUCAGCGAAGUUUUCUCCAUGGAUAUGUUCUACAGUCUCUUCAAAAAUAAUCAUAUAAUGGAUCCUGUGGUCGGUACAAAGUACAGAAACUGUAUUCUCAAACCAGGUGGAACUCUAGAUGGCAUGGACAUGCUCAAAAAUUUCCUUGGACGUGAACCCAACCAAAAGGCUUUCCUUCUGAGCAAAGGACUGGUCGUCAAGGAGUAAGAGAAUUUUCCUGUUCAAGACUAAAUUUUUGAACCAAGAUGAAGGUAAACAUACAGACCAAUGGAGUCACAAUGUACUGAUACUAUUAGUUUGUGUGUGAAUUUACCUUUAAAUGUAAUUUUUCACUGCAGUGUAUGAAAUUAUGUUCAUGGUAUCUUUAAUGACAUUGUCAAGUGACUUGUAUUGACUGCAGUUUGAAGUUGAAAGAAGGUAUGGAAUAAACUGUUACACCUUGUUU